AUGUCGCUGUUGGAUCAAAGUUUCAUACGUGAUCGGGCCAUCAACUUCUUUGAGAAAGAUUUUCUUUCACACGGAAAGCAGAAAAAGCCGCGAAGUUCACAAAGCGAACUCCCAGAACCAUCAUCGGCUGGGAGCUCUUCGCUUCGCUUGUCGACUUUUGGGAAGAUACCAUCAUUAACAACAUCGACGACGAAUAUGAACGGCUUGUGGAACGUCUUCACGACUGUACGUUGGAAGCGAAAAGUUUCAGAACCACCAAAAGACGCUUGUCUCCGGAAACUCGAGGUAAUUCGUCAGCGUGGAGCUGUACGAGCCGCAGGCAACAGAGAACUCACGUCCGAGGUCGAAAGGCUUUGCAGAGAGUCGAUAAGGGGAGACCUCAAAGAGAGAAGGACAGAAGUGUUAGCUAGGUGCAGAGGAAGGAAAGAAUAUUCCCUACGCUUGUCGGAACUUUGGCAAUCGUAA